AUGACAGCGGCCAGGCCGGCUGGCAUUCCAGCCUCCAGAACGCAAAUUACCACCAACUCCUACUCGCUGAAGAAGAAAAGAAAGAUGACACCUACUGCACUCUCCGGCGUGACGGAGCACCUUCGCCGUCGAAAUCGGGGGGGCAGAAACGCCAGAUAUAAAAUAAUGAAACCUGUGCGGGGUGGAACUUUCACAGAGCUGUCCCAAUGCUCCGCCUGGGUCGUAGUGCCUAACUUGCCUUGCUCCCCCUGCCCCCCUCCCCAGCCACUUGAUAGUUGUUCACUGAACUAUAAAUGCUCUGCGUCCAUGGAUUUUAGAGAUGUCCUGAUUUUUGGAAGAGCUGCUGCACUGCCUUCAGAGGCAAGGCAACUCAAGCCAGGUGCCGUCAUAUUACUUGGGAGGACCAAUAUGUUCCGUUUCAAUCAUCCCAAGGAAGCGGCAAAACUGAGGGAGAAAAGAAAGAGCGGGCUGCUUUCGUCCUUCAGUUUAUCCAUGUCGGAUCUUUCGAAGUCUUGUGAGAACCUCUCUGCAGUCAUGUUAUAUAAUCCGGGUCUUUUCCCUGUAAAAGGACCAAUCUGUCUCAGAUUGGAGUUUGAGAGGCAGCAAAGAGAAGAGCUGGAAAAAUUGGAAAGUAAAAGGAAGCUGAUCGAAGAAAUGGAGGAGAGGCAAAAGUCAGACAAAGCCGAGCUGGAAAGGAUGCAGCAAGAGGUGGAGUCCCAGCGCAAGGAAACGGAAAUCGUCCAACUGGAGAUCCGCAAGCAAGAGGAGAACCUCAAGCGGAGAAGCUUCCACAUCGAAAGCCGGCUGAAGGACUUGCUCGCCGAGAAGGAGAAGUUCGAGGAAGAGCGAUUGCGUGAGCAGCAAGAGAUCGAACUUCAGAAGAAGAAGCACCAAGAAGAAGUUUUCGAUCGGGUAAAAGAAGAGUUGCAGCGGCUGCAAGAGCUCGGGCAGAACGAGAAGGCGGAGAAGAUGCAGAUCUUCCGAGAAUUGGAAAAGCUCAAGCAAGAAAAAGAGGAGCAGUAUCUCAAGCUGGAGAUGGAAAAAAAGAGGCUGGAAGAGCAGGAACGAGAACAGGUCAUGCUGGUCGCCCACCUGGAAGAGCAGCUCAGAGACAAGCAAGUCAUGAUCCAAGUCCUUAAACGAGACGACGUGCAGAGGAUUGAAGACGAGAACAAGGACCUCGAAGAAAUCCGAGAGUCCCUCCUGCGAGUCAAAGAAGCUGGACCGGAAGGGGGCGAAGACUGCAAAGAGUUAGAAAAGGUGCAGCAGAAGUUUAUGGAUUUCAAGAAGAAGCAGUUGGAACGGCUCAUCAGUUCAGAGAGAGAGCUGGUUCAGCAGAAAGAUCACCUAGAAAAAGAGGUGGGCGACGAACGCGAACAUUUGGGUCGCGUGAAGCAUGUCCAGCGGACGAACCUUGAGAGACACGACGAAAAGGCCGCCGUUCCGGCCGUAGGUGUCGAAGAAGGCGGCAAAAUAAAAUCGGAAUAUUGGCUGCAGCAGAGAGAGCAGCAGCUCCGGCACUUGACGGACCAUCAUUUACCAGCUUUGCUGGAGGAAAAGCAAAGGGCCUCGGAGGUGCUCGACAGAGGCCCUCAGAGCUUGGACAACACGCUCUACGAAGUCGAGAAAGAAAUGGAGGAGAAAGAAGAACAGCUCGCGCAGUACCGGGCCAACACCAGCCAACUCCAGCAGCUCCAAGAGACCUUCGAAUUCACUGCCAACGUCGCCCGGCAAGAAGAGAAAGUUCGGAAAAAGGAGAAAGAAAUCCUCGAGUCGAGGCAGAAGCAGCAGAAAGAGGCCCUGGAGCAAGCCGUGGCAAAGUUGGAGAGGCGACACUCGGCGCUGCAGCAGAGUUCCACCCUCGAUAUGGAGAUCGAGGAGCAAAAGCAGAAGCUUGCCGUUUUAAAUAGCAGCUGCGGUGAGCAGGCCGGCCUCCAAGCGACCAUAGAGGCGGAACAAAAAGCCUUGGAGCAAGACAGAGAAAGGUUGGACCUGCAAAUACAGCAGCUGAAGCAAAAGAUCUGCGAAGGUGACAGAGCCGAAAAGGAGCGUCUGGGAGGUGGAGAAGAGAAGCCGUCUCGUAGCAGUUCACCUCCUAGCACUACGAAAGCACCAGCCCAUUUUAUCCCGUCGGUCGAUGACAGGAGUCCUAUUGACCUCUGGAAAUGCUGGUGGCACUAUUCCUGCACGGAAAGUGGGGAGGAGCAGAAAAGCCAAAGGAGGCAAAAUGAAUACCACUCUGCUUCGCUUUCCCUGCAAAGGCAGGGGGAAAAUCGUGCUUUGCCUGCUCCUGUAAACCGUGCAGAUUCUCUGAUCUGCGGCACAGUGGCUUCUAUCUCCCCGGGGGACUAUACACAGAAGUUCAAGCGUAUCAAAACAAAACUGUAUCUAGGUGGAAAAUUCACCCAUUGCCCUAUUAACACGAUCAUACAAAAUGCGAUUCUGGAGGGCACCCCGCCCCCUGCUCAAACGGAACCCCAACGUGCCGUCCACAAAGGGCUGGACACGUCCAACCACGUCAGCCUGCCGCUUUAUGAACUGGUCGGCCAUGAUGAGUGCUGCGGGUGGGAGAAUGGCAUUAUGAAUUUUGUCAUUACAAAACCGAUAAGUGGACUUCGAGCAUACAAUACUGACAUUUCACCCUCGCACACAGACUUGCGUAUCCACACAGAAUACGGUCAUUGUCACCCGGAUUUACGGCACUUCCAAGAAAUGACAGAGCUUGACCGCCGCGGACAGACUGCCGAUCCAAUUUACGCUCUCACAGAAAUUCCUAAACAGAAGACCAGGAUGCAUUCUUUUGGGCAUUGGGGCCCUUACCGGAGGGGGCGAGAGAAAUCCCGGGGGCGGGCGGGAGACAGCCUGGCAAACACCGACAUGAUGAGAGCCUGA